AUGGCGCCCACGACGAUCCGGGACCUCCCGUUCGAGCUCGUCGAGCUCAUCCUCGAGUUCGCCUCGAGCGACUACGACCUCGACUCGGCAAAGGCGGCCUCGGCCCGCUCGCUCUACCUGCGCACCUGCGCCACCAUCUCGCGCCAGUGGCGCUCGCCCGCCCAGGCCGUCCUGUGGGCCCGCAUCCGCAUCCACUCGCCCGCCGUCGCGAAAAAGGUCCUCGGCAGCCCGGUCCUCGGCCUGUACGGCACCCGGUACCUCGACCUCGCAGGCGUCCACGCCGGCCACGACGGCCUCAGCGGCACCACGGCCGCCCGCGUCCUCGCCAAGAUCCGCGGCGUGCGUUGGCUACGCCUCGGCGACUUUGGGCGUCUCAGCGCCCGUGUCCUCCAGAGCGACAACCUCGCAGGCCUGCGCACGCUCCACCUGGCCACCUCGUUCCCCGACAAGCCGGCGACGAUCGCCGCCUUGCACUUCCCCUUCCACCUGCGGUCCCUCACCUUGUUCAACCGGUCGUACGGCGCGACGCUCCUCCCGACCCUCUUGACCGCCUCGCGCCACACCCUCACCUCGCUCACCCUCCUCACGGGCGCCACCUCGCCCUCGUACCCGUCCCUCGCUCGCGCCUUCCCCUCGAUCGCCCCCUCGCUCGUCCGCCUCUCGCUCCAACACCGCCCGUCGCCCGCCCUCGUCGACCACUUUGCGCUGCUCGGCAACCUCGAGCACCUCGAGUGCCACUUUGCCGUCGACCUCGCGAGCGUCCUCGAUGCGCUGCCGGCCCACGCCCGCCUGCGCACCCUCGAGCUCGAGCUCGACUACAACCUCGCAGACGUCGCCGCCCUCCUCGUCGCGCGCCUCGUCGCCCCCUCCCCCUCCCCCUCCCCCUCCUCCCUCUCCCCCUCACAAGGCGCGCCCCCCGCCGGCCCCCUCGCGCACCUUGCGCGCCUGCGCAUCCCGCGCGCCCCGCGCCCCGCCGAGUUUCGCGAGUUUGGCGGCGCGCUCCUGCUCGACGUGUGCCGCGAGAGGGGGAUCGAGGUCGAGGUCAGUGAGACGGUCGCGUGGAGGACGAGGCUGUUUGCGGACUAGACGAGGCGAGGACGAGGC